CCGGAGAACGCCGGAGGAGAUCUCAAGGAUGGGCAGCACCACUACGAGGGAGCCGUCGUCAUACUCGAUGCCGGAGCACAGUACGGGAAGGUCAUAGAUCGUCGGGUGCGCGAGCUGUUCGUCCAGUCCGAGAUCUUCCCGUUGGAAACGCCGGCCUUUGCAAUCAGAGAACAAGGCUUUCGAGCUAUCAUCAUAUCUGGAGGACCAAACUCUGUGUACGCAGAAGAUGCACCCUGGUUCGACCCAGCCAUAUUUACCAUAGGAAAACCAGUCCUUGGAAUCUGCUACGGCAUGCAGAUGAUGAAUAAGGUAUUUGGAGGUACAGUGCACAAGAAGAGUGUUAGAGAAGAUGGAGUGUUCAGCAUUACUCUGGAUAACACGUGUUCCCUGUUCAGGGGCCUUCAGAAGGAAGAGCUUGUGCUCCUCACUCACGGAGACAGCGUGGAUAAAGUAGCUGAUGGAUUCAAAGUGGUUGCACAGUCUGGGAACAUUAUAGCAGGCAUAGCAAAUGAAUCUAAAAAACUGUAUGGAGCACAGUUCCACCCUGAAGUUAGCCUCACAGUGAAUGGAAAAAUGAUCCUGAAGAAUUUUCUUUAUGAUAUUGCGGGAUGCAGUGGUACCUUUACGGUGGAAAACAGAGAACUUCAGUGCAUUCAAGAUAUCAAAGAGAAAGUGGGCUCAUCAAAAGUCCUGGUUUUGCUCAGUGGCGGUGUGGACUCAACAGUGUGUACUGCUCUCCUGAACCGAGCUUUAAACCGAGAUCAGGUCAUAGCUGUACACAUAGAUAACGGAUUUAUGCGCAAAAGAGAGAGUCAGUCUGUGGAGGAGGCACUCAAAAAACUUGGGAUUCAAGUUAAAGUGGUGAAUGCAGCUCAUUCAUUCUAUAAUGGUACAACAACUCUGCCCAUCUCAGAUGAAGACAGAACUCCACGUAAAAGAAUUAGCAAGACCUUAAAUAUGACUACAAGUCCUGAAGAAAAAAGAAAAAUUAUUGGUGACACCUUUGUUAAGAUUGCCAAUGAAGUUAUUGGAGAAAUGAAUCUGAAACCUGAAGAGGUUUUUCUUGCUCAGGGUACCCUCAGACCUGAUCUCAUUGAAAGCGCUUCCCUUGUUGCAAGUGGCAAAGCUGAAGUCAUCAAAACUCAUCAUAAUGACACAGAGCUGAUUCGAAAGUUAAGAGAAGAGGGGAAAGUAAUAGAACCACUGAAAGACUUUCACAAAGAUGAAGUGCGAGUGCUAGGAAGAGAACUUGGUCUUCCUGAAGAGCUGGUUUCGAGGCAUCCCUUCCCAGGUCCUGGUCUAGCAAUCAGAGUGAUAUGUGCUGAAGAGCCUUACGUGUGCAAAGACUUUCCUGAAACAAACAACAUUUUGAAAAUAGUUGCAGAUUUUUCUGCAAGUGUUAAGAAGCCACAUACUUUGCUGCAAAGGGUCAAAGCGUGUACAACUGAAGAAGACCAGGAGAAGCUGAUGCAGAUUACAAGCCUACAUUCACUGAAUGCCUUCUUGUUACCAAUCAAAACUGUGGGAGUGCAGGGUGACUGUCGUUCAUAUAGCUACGUUUGUGGGAUCUCUAGUAAAGAUGCCCCACACUGGGAGUCUCUUAUGUUUCUUGCCAGGCUUAUACCACGCAUGUGCCACAACAUAAACAGAGUUGUGUACGUGUUCGGUCCACCGGUCAAAGAGCCUCCUACAGAUGUCACCCCCACGUUCCUGACAACAGGAGUCCUCAGCACUUUACGUCAAGCUGAUUUUGAGGCUCACAAUAUUCUCAGGGAGUCUGGUUAUGCUGGAAAAAUUAGCCAGAUGCCAAUAAUACUGACACCGUUGCAUUUUGAUCGGGACCCCCUACAGAAACAACCUUCCUGUCAAAGAUCUGUGGUUAUUCGAACUUUUAUUACAAGUGAUUUUAUGACCGGUAUUGCAGCAACUCCUGGUAAUGAGGUUCCAGAAGAGGUUGUGUUAAAAAUGGUGGCGGAGAUUAAGAAGAUUCCUGGCAUUUCUCGGGUGAUGUAUGACUUGACAUCAAAGCCACCAGGAACUACGGAGUGGGAGUAAUUAACUUUUUUUUCUAUUAAAGUACUGUGUGCAGUCUAAAUCAUAUCAGAAACCAUUCCCAGUGUUGACAUGCAGUACUGUGAAAGAGUGACUGGAGCUGCUACAUCGCAUCAGAUUCCUCUCCUGGAGCAUAAACCUGCAGUUAAGAGCUGUGCUGGGAAUAAUAACUAAGUGAGGCUGAGGAUUUGUACGGGUAAAUAAUCAUGGCAGCGUUGCCGGUGCGCAGAUUCCUAUUGCUUUUGCCUUUGUCUUACCGAUUCUUCCUCUUUUCAUGUGUUUUAUUGUUGACUGUCAUUUCAAUGUCUCUUUGUUUUUGUACACUGUGUAAAAAGAGACAGUUUAUUUACUUUUACCACAAGCAUUGUUACAGCCUAAAAAUGUAAAAUGAAUUGUGACCAACUGCUUUUGAACGGAUUUAUUAUAAAUAAAUAUUUUGCCAAAUG